CACCUCGAGCUCAAAUCCCGCUUCAACCAAAUCGCAGUCAGCGCUCUCUCAUUCUCCCAAAAACCCAAAUGGGUUCUCUCAAAAACGCCAUCAUCGCCAUCCUCGUCCCUCUCCCCUCGAUCGUCUUCUACCUCUGCUUCCUCAACAGCAGCCCAUUUCCUCUCCCCUCCAACCUCCAUCAAUGGUGCACCGACCGCCCCCUCCUCCUCGCGAACAUCCUCUUCUUCCUCAACGUCAACCUCCUCUUCUGGCUCAUCGGCCUCCUCCUCUCUAACCACUGGAUGAUCGACCUCUACUGGACCGUGAUCCCCGUAAUGCUGGCCCAUUACUACGAAGCCCACCCGAAAGCAGAGCCCAGUGGGCUGAGGUCGAGGGUGUCGGUUCUGUUGACGUGGGCUUGGAGUUUGAGGCUGACGCAUAGCUAUUUCAGGAGGGAGAAGUGGGAGUGGGGAGCGAGGGAGGACUGGAGGUUUAGUGAUAUGAGGAGGCGGCAUGGGAAGCAGUGGUGGUGGAUUUCUUUUUUCGCUGUUUAUUUGUCCCAGCAGGUUUUUCUGAUGGGUAUUUGCUUGCCAAUGUAUGCUAUCCACUCGAGCAACAAACCUUGGGACACUUGGGAUUUCAUCGCCACAAUCACCUGCAUAACUGGAAUCAUUGUUGCCUACUUUGCAGACACUCAACUGUAUAAUUUUGUCCAAAGGAAUGAAUCCUUAAAAGAACAAGGAGCCCCUAUUCUGCUCAAUCUCGAUAAAGGAUUAUGGGGAUACUCUCGUCACCCAAACUAUGUCGGAGAGCAAUUGUGGUGGUGGGGUCUAUUUAUGUUUGCGUGGAAUGUGGGCUACGGAUGGAUGUUUUGGGGCCCACUUGUGAAUAGCAUGUGUUUGGCUUAUGUCACGCUGCUGGUUGAACAAAAGAUGUUGAAAAAGGAGUACAGAGCUGAAGCCUAUAGGCAGUAUCAAAAGACUACGUCGGUGUGGAUCCCUUGGUUUAGGUUUUCUAUUGGAGGGAGCAAGCAGAAGAAGGGCUAAGGUUUGGUAAUCCUAUAAUUCUUCUGUUCUUUUAUAUGUUCAUGUUCUUUGGUGAUGCAUGUUGUUGGAAUGUACUAUUCUCUGUUUUACAUAAUGAUGAUUAAGGAUGUGUUUCCAAUAUCACUAAGACUUGUUGUACUUUUUUAAGUAACAUAUUAGCGUUCACUACAA